AUGGCCAGAGAAAGACCGGUGAUAUGUUUGCAACCAGAAGAAACUUAUUCACCGGAACUUCGACGAUGGGAAAUGCAGUAUUCAUCGGCCGAAAGUAUAGAUAGCACCAGGAUAUCUGCAAACAGUUACGAAGAGAUGAAGAAGCUUAUAAUCCUCGCUGGUAUAUUCUUUAUGAUUGCAAUACUGUUUUUUCUAAUGAAACUUGAGGUCCCAGUUGAAGUAAUUUUCAAAUGGUCUCCAAUUGUUUGGCUUUUAGGUGUCCUUCUAUGUUGCUUGAUGAUGAAUUUUUUUUGCUAUUGCAGAAAGCUGUACAAGCAAAGACGUGAAAUAAACCUUCGACGUCAGUUAAUUACUGUAGAUGCCUCGACUUUUAUUUUUUUAUUUCAAUUCAGUAAUUACAAUGUUAACGGUUUUUACAGUGAUCUGUACCAAAAUGUUAAGGAGAUUAAAGUAUGGAACAGGGAAAGAGCCUCAUUUGUCUCAUCGACAAUGCUGAAGGAUGUUGGUGUUGUUCCACUCGGAACCGUCCGCGUAGCUCAGUUAGCUGAUAUUUCAAAUUACCAUUUUCCGAUUGAUGCUCUAAGCCACCAAGAAUUACUAAUGGCAUUAAACCUCGCGUCUUCGUUUCCGUGUUUACCGCCACCUCCAAAUAGUGCCUGCUGUGAAAGGGAUCCGGCUUCAUGGCGGUCACUGAGGGCAGGCAGUGAGUCUUCACUUCCCUCAUAUAACCAGGCAAUAGCGACCAGUGUUGAUCCCUCGUUCAAACUAAAUCCUGGACGGGUCUUUCCUACAAAACCUCCACCAGCCUACGAUGAUGCAUUGCAAAUGUCAGAGCAACCACCACUGCCUCCUUAUUCAUAA